AUGAUGGCUGGUUUUCUUACCGACGCCGAAUUAUAUCUGACGACUCAGAAGGAGCAAACUCAAUCAAGGAAUGCCCAAUAUGCUGCGACGAGAAGCACACUGAUUUAUAUCCGCGAACCACACCAACCCCUCGAAAACCAAGAAAUCGAGGAAUAUGCUGACGGCGAUACCUUCACGACAUACCUCUCCCAUAUGAUUGAGCAAACCGUAAAAGAUAUACCUAACUUUAUCCGUUGCCCCAACCCAAACUGCGACUCAGGUCAGGUCCAUGAGGGCGGCGACUCUCGGCCGCUCGUUGUGUGUGCAGACUGCAACACGGAAUUCUGCUUUCGGCACAGGAUACCUCUUCAGCCUCAAACACCACCCUCCCAACACGAUAAAAUGACUUGCGACGAAUACGACCAAUACCUCGCCGAUCCCCUCCACUUCAGGAGCGACCACCAACGGCAACAAGAGCGCGCCGCGAUAGAACGCAGGGAACUCGACGUCGUGCAACGUGCGCGCGAGCGGAUGGAGAAAAUUCUGCAGCAGCGGAGAGACGUCGAGAAGAAACGGAGAGAUGAGGCCGCGAAGGAGGACAGAGAGCGCAGGGAGCGUGCCUGGCUGGAGGAGAAGCGCUAUGAGGAGGAGCGCGAGAUGGAGGAGCAGGAGAGACAGGCGAGGGCUGGUGAGAUCCAGAGGAGGAAGGUGGAGGAUGAGCAGAGCGAGAAGUUGAUCAAGGUCUCGACCAAGGCUUGCCCGAAGUGUGCAAAGAGGAUUGAGAAGAAUGAAGGAUGUAUGCAUAUGACAUGUCAUUGCGGGCACGAAUUUUGUUGGGAGUGCACCGGCCCGUGGGUUAACAACGGUUGUGCAAUCUGCUUCGGUGGAUCUGUGGUGCAGUUUACGUGA